AUUUAGAUCAAUGAAGUAGGAAUAAAAAUAAAUGUGAAGAAUAUCACGAAAUAUUAAUUGAUAGUAAUUAUACAACACCGAAUCAUAGAAGUUACAGAUGUUAAAUACUGUAUUAAUAUGACGAAACUGGAGAAGAAAAAACAAGAAUUCAAUAUAGAAAUAACCCAAAAUCGGAUUAAUUAUUUAUAUCAAUUAAGUACAGCCCUGGCUGAACAAUGUCCUGGAUUAUCAUCAACAUAUAACUCUAUAAUGAAAGGGUUAUCUCAAAAAAGUUUACUAAAAAUUGAUCCAGAAAUUAAAAGAAAUAUCUGUAAGGGUUGUGAUACCAUGCUAAUACCAGGAAAAACUGUAACAUGCCGUACAAUAAAAAAGUCCAAAGGUGCAAUUAAAUGGUCAUGUAAUUUUUGUGGAAAGUCAAAAACGUUUAGAAAAAAUAACAAUAAUUGUAUGUGGUCAGAAAAUUCUGAUUUUUUGUUACAAACUAUUAUUUAUGAUUAACUAAAUAAAAUGUUUUACCUGUUAAUACUGAGUCGUAAUGUGCAAUAUAUCCAAAAAUUCCAACACUAAUGUAAACACUAGUGCACAUAU